GCUUGCAUCGUUUCUCCGAUUGUCUGCCUUCAUCGGCCACUCUUCUCCAUCCCUCCCUCCUCUCUUACGGAAAUUCGGUUUCCUCCAUCCCCUGAUUCUUGUUUUCCACAUUCUGUCUUCCGAUUCGGUUAAGAACCGAGGCGGACAUUUGGGGGGGUUUUUAUAUUGAUUUCAAUGACCUAUUAUGAGGAAGAUGAGAAUGGAGGGGAUAAGGUGGUACCGGAGCUGACGCUGAGAGUGGAGGGUGACUCUGCUGAUUGCAAAGAGGGGUGUGCCAAGUUGAGGGAGAGAUUAUUGGAGGAAUGUGAAGCGGAAGGAGAGGGUUUGUGUUUAAAGGGGCCUGCUUUCUCUUCUGGAUGGAGAGGGGCCGUCUGGUACUGGCUCAAAUUGGUUCUGUUGUUUGUGAUUUUAGCUUUGUUGGCCGUUGUUUUCCUCAAAUGGGUUGGACCCUUUUUCAUGGACAAGGAGGUAAUCCCAAUCAUAAAUUGGGAGAGGAGAACAUUUAGCACACCAGUGCUGGCAGUUCUGGUCUUUGCUUCUGUAGCAUUGUUUCCCACAUUUCUUCUGCCAUCAUCGCCUUCUAUGUGGGUGGCUGGGAUGACAUUUGGUUAUGGAUUUGGAUUUUUACUAAUUAUAUCUGCAGCAGCUGUGGGCAUAUCACUUCCAUACUUAAUUGGCUCCGUGUUCCUUCAUAGAAUUCAAGGCUGGUUAGAAAAAUAUCCUAAGAGAGCUGCCAUUUUAAGAGCAGCUGGUGAAGGAAAUUGGUUUCAUCAGUUUAAGGCUGUAACUCUAAUCCGGAUUUCUCCAUUCCCAUAUAUCAUUUAUAAUUACUGUGCAGUGGCAACAAAUGUUAGAUAUGGUCCGUACAUCUUGGGGUCGUUGGUUGGAUUGGUGCCUGAAGUUUUUGUGGCAAUCUACACUGGGAUCCUAAUACGGACUCUGGCAGAUGCUUCACAUGAGCACCACGUUCUUUCAGCCCCUCAGAUUGUGUUCACUGUUCUUGGUUUCUGUGCAACAGUAGCAACUACAGUUAUCUUCACAAUAUACGCAAAAAGACAGCUCAAGAUAUUGCAGAAUGAAGAAGAAGUACUAUUGCAGUAAGCUUUAGAUUGGUUUAGGAAAAUCUUUGAUGCAAGCAAGACCAAUGUCGAAUUUUGACACUUGCUGUACCUAUACUCCUUGAUGAAGUUCUAUUUAUUUAACUUCUUCAUCCACUAGGCAGGGGAAAGUGUGUGAUACAAUUUGUUGUGAUGUAUACUUCGUGGAGUAACAGGGAACUAAGUCAAACAUCUGACAUCAAUACGAAGGCAGCUUCUUAUCCCAUUCCUUUAUAGAAUUGUCUUAGUUGUUUCCACGUUGGAAAUUUGGAUUGCAAGGUCUGCCUUCAACAGGUUAAAGUGGAACCGGACAAUCUUGACUCUAUGUAAAUAUUCAGUAUGAAUUGAACAGAGCUUGCUGUUUACAAAUUUAUUAUUCUGCAGAAUUCCAGGUCUUAUUGUAAAUGUGGUGCCGUAGCCGUAAUGGUUUGUGUCUCCAUUAUCCAAGUUGAUGCUAGCAUUAACAUUUCUUCUCUUUGUCCUUUUUCUUUUAUCUACUGUUGGAUGGUUACCAUUUGCCGACCAAGGAAAAAUUGUUUCUGAAAUCAGCUUCUUUGUCCUAUGCUUUCCCUGUUUGUUUCCAACCUCUUUACUGUAACUCGAACUUGUGUAACAAAAUCCAUGUCAAUUG